CCCACCCACUUUCACAAGAGGAGAUAAAGUCAGCUUCUUCAUAUCACUUCCCUAUCAUUCUAGCUCUCUGUGCUGAAGGUGAGCAACAGGGUGAAGCCGUCAUGUCGGGAUUUGAAGUGAAGAAUAUCGAUCUGAAGCAUGGUGACAAGCUGAAAAUCAAAGGGAAAAUUGCUGGUGAUGCUAAGCGCUUCCAGAUCGACCUUGGAAAGGGUCCCAAUGAUCUAGCAAUGCACUUCAACCCUCGCUUUCAUGACGACAGAGAUGGCAAAGUGAUUGUGUGCAAUUCUAAUCGCGGGGGCAGUUGGGGUUCUGAAAAGAGAGACUCAAACUUCCCCUUCGAGAAAGGCCAUGAGAUCAAGCUGAAUGUAAAAAUAUUGCAAGAAGGUUUUGAGGUGGAACUGCCCAACGGACACACAGUCAAGUUUUCCAACCGGUUCGACGACAAGAUCACCUACAUGAAUGUGAGUGGUGACUUCAAGGUGACCUCCUUCAAGGUUGAAUAAAUGACAUGACUCUGCCUUGUCCUCAAUAAAGCUGUGAACAAUAAAACA